AUGUUCCUUGAUAUUUUUGCAGGUAAACUGUGGAUCGUAAUUGCUGUCGUUUACUUGUUAAAUACAAUUGAGCCAGGCGAUGGACAAUCUCCUUUUAAGAAACCAAAAAAACGACGUUAUAAAUUGAUUCCGUUUUAUGAUGGUGAAAUCAAAAUUGGCGAUCCUAAUAAGCCCGCUUUGAUACGAGAUCUGUUACUACUAAGCCAUGUAUUGAAUGAUACCGCAAACACGAUUUUUGGUUCCAAGGAUAUAGCACGAGAUUUACUGACAUUUUUCGUCAAUUUAGAUCAAAUAAUGGUGCAAUGGUUAUUUUUAUUUUUGAUAUGUUCAAGCUUUUUUCACAUGGCUGCAUGCGCUUGCAUUGGUUGCUGCGCGUGUUAUGUUUUCAAAACUGAUAUUAGAAGCACGCUCAAGUUUGCAAAACGCCAAGCUAAGUCACUUGAUCAGACUAAAAGCGCAAAUGAAGUACCAAGAGGAGAGUCAACCAGUGUAACCACACAAGCAAAAAAAUUUAGUGGUUGGUUUUGA